AUGAAGUACGAGUAUCUUUCUAUUCAGGCUCUUCCCGCAUGGGCCAGACUCAAUGGCGUUUCUCUGAGCGGUGUCGCGUUCCGGCGGUUCUCAGCGGAGGAGGGGACAGAUAGAGGGUCUGCAAUAGUGUGCUCAGCAGACAAAGGCAGCACUAUUGGACCUGUUGAAGAUGACGGAUCGUCAUGUGUGCUUCUGACAGUUCAAUCGGAUCUAGUUCUCUCCCUGCAGGCGGUGGAGGAUUAUGCAAAGUCAGAUCCGUAUCUCCGGGAGGUGUUGGAAGCUGUUGGUGAGAUGGGGAGAACAGCUCGAGGAGCGAUUCUGAUCUUCCUUCUCAUUCACCUGUCAUACUCGAGUCCCGACUUCACGUCUGGCAGUCACAAGAUUGGGGUCUCCAAUGCAUGGACCGAGUAUUUGAAAUUCAUGCCCGCAUCUGUGCCCCUUCCUACCUUCUAUUCCGCCGAGGAGCGCGAGCUUCUGCGAGGUACAUCGCUCAAGCCUGCCUUGGACGCGAAACUCGCCUCUCUCGACCGAGAGUUUGAGCACCUGCGACAAUGCACGGAGGGCAUAGCUUGGUGUCAGGAGUACUGGUGGGAUGAGGAGAAGGGGACUCUGCGACUCGACGACUGGAAGUACGUCGAUGCGCUCUACCGAUCACGCUCGGUCGAUCUACCGGGGAGUGGCCAUUCAAUGGUCCCGUGCAUCGACAUGGCGAAUCAUGCCUCGGAGGGAACGGUGAAAGCGCUCUAUGAGACGGAUGCUUCGGGAAAAGCGGUACUCCAGUUACGGUCUGGGAAGACUCUAAAUGCCGGAGAAGAAGUAACCAUCUCAUAUGGAGCUAGCAAAUCCGCAGCAGAAAUGAUCUUCUCGUAUGGGUUUCUAGAAGAUGACCGAGUGGGAGCAGGGAACAUGGUCGUCCCCUUUGACAUCUCGGACGACGACCCUUUAAAGCUCGCGAAGAAGAUGUUUCACAGCAACACGUCUGGCAUCCAUGUAUCCGCCGCAGAUUCCACUACCACGAUAGUAGACUGGAGCCGCUCGCUGGUGUGGUGGGCAUCUGUAAACGAAGAAGACGGACUUGAUUUCAAGGUUCUCCAAACCACAGACGGCGAUAAAGAGCUCCGGGCAAUCUGGAAGGGCGAAGACGUCGACACCCCCGCGAAGAUUGGAGACAUUCUCGCGGCCGAGUCUUUAUGGGAGGUCUUCCAGCUCCGCGCCGUGGUCACUAUCAUCACACUCCUGGAGUCGCAGCUGGCGGAGCUGCAUGGCAUCGACGAAAUCAUUGCCGACUUCCGUCGCGAUGAGGCAAUGCUAAAAACCCUCUUCGAUCCGGACGUGUUCCGUCUCCUCUGUCGGUUUAGGGUACUCGAGGCCGAGUUACUGAAGAGGGGAAUCGAUGAGCUGUUUUCCAGGAGAACCCUUCUUUUACGAUCCGAAACGGUGAUAGAUUAUUUGAAGAGCCAGCAAGAAGAUGACUUUUCAUAA